UUGGCAUCACAACAAACAUGGCGUCUGGAGGCGGCUAACCGACUGAGAACUGAGAAUACGCGCUAGGAAAACAUUUGAAGCCGUUUUAAUAUAUAUUUUUUCUUAAUAACAGAUAAUAUUUGGUCGUCCUGAUCUGAAGAUGGAGUCCGCCCCAUUUCCGGAGGAGGUUUCGGAGAGGAACGUUUGUGUUGUCGGGUCGGAGCUGGUGGAAAACUAUACUGUUUACAUCAUCGAGGUGACGGAUGGGGAGCACAGAUGGACUGUGAAGCAUCGCUACAGUGACUUUCACGAUCUCCAUGAGAAGUUGACGACAGAGAAAAAGGUGGACCGACGGCUGCUUCCUCCAAAGAAGAUGUUGGGGAAGAACUCAAAGAGUCUGGUGGAGCGGCGGCAGAAGGAGCUGGAGCUUUACCUGCAGACACUGCUGCUGCAGUUCCCACAGGCCACGCCAUCUCCUCUUGCCAGCUUCUUGCACUUUCACCUCUACGAGAUCAACGGCAUCACAGCAGCACUGGCUGAGGAGUUGUUCCAUAAAGGUGAGCAGUUGCUGCAGGCUGGGGAGGUGUUUUCUCUUUGUCCUCUGCAGCUUUACUCCGUCUCACAGCAGCUACGUCUAGCCAAACCAACCUGCUUUAAUGGAGACGCCAAGACCGACCUGGGACACAUCCUUGACUUCACCUGCAGACUGCGAUACCUCAAGGUGUGUGGGACCAGAGGUCCAGUAGGAACCAGUAACAUCCAGGAGAGCAGUCUCCCCUUCGACCUGUCAGUUUUCAAAUCACUGCUGCAGAUAGAGAUCAGUGAGUGCAGCUCUGAGCAGAUUCAAGGUCUGUCGUCUCUGAGGUCCAGUCUGGCAACUCUGAGUAUCCACUACUCCACUGAAACUAUGAUGUCGAUCCUGGUGCCGGAAGCGAGUGAGUUCUCCCAGUGGGAGGCGGAGGGGGCUGAGGGGGCGGAGUCUGGCUGUCCCGUCACCGCUGUCAUCCCCACGUGGAGAAACCUGACCACACUAGACAUGAGCCACAACUGCAUCAGCACCAUUGACAACUCUGUGAAACUAAUUCCUAAGGUGGAGUUUCUGGAUCUGAGCUACAACCAGCUAUCCACAGUGGAAAACCUCCAGCACCUGUACAAUCUGGUCCAUGUGGAUCUGGCCUAUAACAGCCUGCGGGUCCUGGAAGCUGCUCACACCCGUCUGGGCAACAUUAAAACCCUGAGCCUGGCCGGUAACCAGCUGGACCAACUGACUGGACUCACCAAGCUUUACUCUCUGGUCAACCUGGACCUCAGUCACAACCAGCUGGCCCAGUUGGAAGAGAUCAGGAACAUCGGCUCUCUUCCCUGUCUGGAGAAACUCAACCUGUCCAGUAACCCCAUGUGCAUCAUCCCUGACUACAGAACCAAAGUCCUGGCCCAGUUUGGAGACCGAGCAGCAGAGGUGUGUCUGGACUGUAAAGUGACGACAGAGAAGGAGCUGGACACAGUGGAAGUGUUGAAAGCCAUUCAGAAAGCCAAAGAAGUCAAAGACAGGAUGAGCAGCGGCGACAGGAAGAUCAGUGAGGAGACCAGACUGUCUGUUGCUGCACCUCCUCACCUCUCCCCCUCCUCUCCCCCCUCCUCUUCCUCCUGCUGCUCUUCUGCUGUUACUCCUCCUGCUGUCACCUCCUCCUCCUCUUCCUCCUCCUCCUCCUCUUCCUGUUCGGCCCAGCAGGCUGCCUGCCCCAGCCAAGAAGUGACGAGCACAGAAGAAGCCGCAGUUCCCCCCACUGUUCUCCCCCCUGUGGACGCUGCACCUCCCCCCACAAGCUUUAACCCAAGUACACACCUCCUGUCUGCUGAGAUGGCACAGGUACAACAACCUGCUGUCAGUCUGUCUGAACACGCACAAUGUGGAGCUUCUGCAAGUCUUACUCUUACUACUACUUCUACGACUCCUACUAUUACUGUCUGUUGUGUCUGCUCCUCUUCCUACUCCAGACCAGUUGAAACCACUUGCUCCUCCUGCAUCGCAGCAUGCUGUCCUCUUCUUCCUUCUCACCUGCUCUCCUUCUCCUCCUCCAACAAAGAUUUCAUUACGCAGCUCUGCCAUUGUCUCAGCUCCACCCUGAAGGAGCAGAAGAGGAAGAAGGAGGAAGAAGAGAUGGAGGAGGAGAGGGAGGAAGAGAAGAGAUCUGAAUCCAGAGAGGAUCAGUCCCAUGUGGAGCGCACCGAGGUGGGAAGUCCCAGUCCCGGCUCCAGGGAUGGAUACUUUGAGAUGGGUCUGGAUGACUCUGUGGAGGAGUCGGUCUGCUCCUCCUCUACGUUGCUCGCUGCUCCUCCUGCAGAGGAGCCCGGUGGCCACCAGGGGGGGCUAUGUCAGGAGGAAGAGGAGGAGGAGGCAGAGGAGGAGGUACGGGUCAACAGGGUUCUGUGGUGCUACUGUCUUCAGGUGAAGGAGGAGGUGGAGCAGAAAGAUGUGUGUCUGGUGCUGACGGACCGGCUGUUGGGCCUGCUGUACCUAUCAGAGGGUUUCACAUGGACCAGCCUGGACACAGACCAGGAGCAGAGUCCGCCUGUGAAGGAGGUGCUGUCUAGCCUGCAGGUGGACCUCCUGCUGCCGUACUCUCAACUCCUGCUCUCCUCCCGAGCUGAGCUCCCUGACUCCUGCCUUGCUUUUGGCCACCAAGGAGAUCCGACCCGCUGGUACAUCUUCUCCGAGGCUAAGGAGCUCUGGCAGACCAGGACCGAGCUGACAUUGCUGAUCCAGGCAGCGGGGUUUCAGACUGACCUAGAGCCCCCAAACUCUCCUCAGCUCCUCCCACACUCGCUCAUCAACUCCUGGGAGCUGGAGGAGUGCCAGGGAGCACAGGGAGGCUACCCUGCCCAUCUCUUUAUCUCCUCCUCUUCCUCCUCUGCCCCGGACACUCACCCCCUCCUGUCAGGCAUCUUGUCCAAGAGCGAGGAGCCCAGCCUCCCUUCUCUCCUCUUUCUCACCCACAGACACCUCUGGGUGUUGAAGAUGGACUUCAGAGAGCUGGCAGAAAGAGAGAGGAGUUGUGCUGACCUUUAUCACUCCUCCUCGUCCUCCUGGUGCAGGCUGGUCCGUGUACCCCUCGGCUCCGUGGUGCUUCACCCCAGAGAGAGCGCUUCUGAGGCUGGCGACAGAACCAGCAACACCUCUUGCCCCGAACCAAAACACCACCACAGGAGGAGUCACACUGUGGAGCUGCUGCUGGGCGGUCAGAGGCUGCUGCUGAUUUUCCCUCUGGCCCAGGACAGGAGCUCCUUCCUAGGUGAGCUGAGUCAGCGGAGAGCCUCUCUAGAGGGGCUGAAGAUGGUUGCCCUGCCCUGGCCCUGCACGCCCUGUCCACACCAAGGGCAACACACAGAAGGCUGUUACAGAUCCAGAGACCAGUGCUGUUGUACCAGUUCCAGGAAAUCACACAGCACCAGCAGCUGGGACUCCUCCCGUCUCCAGGUGGAGGAGAACCAGCCGUCCCCCCACCUCACCCCUGGUCUCUCCCCAGCUCUGAAGCUCCUGGCUGGGCUCGGAGAACAGCAACUGCUGGCCUUCUUCCGCAGAUACAUAGCAGUGUCUGAGGCGGAGGAGGUGAGACAGGUCUUGUGGCUGUCUGUGGUUCUCUACAAGUCUCCAGAGUCUGAGCUCACCUGCUGUCUGCUGCUCUCCACUGAUACAAUCUACUUUCUGUUGGAAGACUCCGCCUCCACACUCGGUCAUCACUCAGUUUUGGACAUAAUGGACUCUGGAGAUCCGGACGUUCGUCUGUGCUGCUGUCUGUCCAUCAGACUGUCUGAGCUGCUGUCUGUCAAUGUGGGACUGUUUGACCAGUACUUCAGAGUUGUAGGUCGUUCGCCCGAUCACAUCGUGUGCUGUCUCAGCAGGGACAGUUAUGGGACGAGCAUCUUUCUUCGGGAGCUGAUGUCGGCUCUCAGUCUGCAGCAACAGCUUCCUCCUCCAGAGCCAUCAGAUCAGGACUUCUACUCCCAGUUCACCAGCACAAACACAGGUAAGAUGCAGAACUACGAGCUGGUCCACAGCAGCAUGGUGAAAUUUAUUUAUCCCAGUGAGGAGGAAAUGGGAGACCUGACCUUCAUUGUAGCAGAGAGGAAGACUCUGGCCAGCGCAGCGUCCUCGUCCUCACGCUCCUUCAACGUACUGCUGUACCUGCUGGUGUUCCAGGUCCAGAUAUCCAGCAGCCUGCCCAGCCAGGGCUCUGCUCUUUCAGGUCACUCCCCCUCUGUUUCUGGCUCUGCUCCAUCUCCUGUACUCCAGCCCAGGACUUUGAUCUUGACCAGCACCGACGUGUUCCUAUUGGACGAGGACUACGUCAGUUAUCCUCUGCCUGACUUUGCCAAAGAGCCUCCCUCCAGGGAGCGGUACCAGCUGCGUGAGGCUCGGAGGAUCCGGGACUUGGACCGGGUCCUGUUGGGGUACCAGACAUACCCUCAGGCUCUGACCCUGGUGUUCGAUGACCUGCCUGGCCCUGACCUGCUCUGCCACCUCACCAUGGACCACUUCGCCGCCGGAGAGGAAGGGGCCCUCUCCAGAGGGGGCGGAGCCAGUGGGGGCGCAGAGGGGGAGGUCCAGUGGUGCGUCUUUGUCCCGGGAGCCGACAGCAGAGAGAGGCUGAUAUCGCUCCUCGCUCGCCAGUGGGAGGCGCUGUGCAGCCGGGAGCUUCCUGUGGAGCUCACUGGCUGAUUGGUUCGUUUAUACAGACUAGGAGCUUGAUUGGCUGGUUAAAGGCCUCAGUAUGCUUCAAACAGAGUAGUUUGUACAAAGUGUUGUCUGACGACCAGCUGCUCUGAAUGGUCACACUGUACGGCAGAAGCCUAUUGUCACAGAGAGGUGCAAGACAUGACACCUCGAAUGUAUUCAUCAUGGUGCACUCAAGGUGGAAAUUGGAAACUGUAACCGAAUUUCAAGAACUCUACAAAACAAACUUUGAAUGAAUGCUCGUUCCCUUUACAUCAAGAUAAACAGUAGGUGGCUCCAAUCAUCGAGAUGGGUGACAUUUCACAAUUGGAGAAGAAGAGGGCGCAACAAGAUGACUUAUAUAACUGAGCGCCAGUCAAACCUUGUGAAAACGGUGGAAAUAUAGCAUUUCUGAUUGUUUCAUUUGGGAUACAUUCUCCUCAUCACUUCAAACAGAUGCUAUGUAUUAGUUUGCCGCUAUUUUUUAUCUCUUUGGAGGAUCUUCAGGAGGAGCUUCAGUGGACGUUUUAAUCAAAUGCUUUAUGUGCGUCAUGGUUUAUUCGCCAAGUCUGUUUUUAUCGCACUUCACUUUGUUGCAUUUUGCUUUUAUCGAUACGCCAAGUUUUUCCACCUCAGCAAGCGAAAAAACCUUUUAGCAAUAUUUUUUUAAUUUUAGGCAAAUCCAAAACAGGUGAAUGAACACCUAUUGCGUAUUCCUAUCUGCAUCCCACUGCCCCCCACGCUCUCUCUCCAACAACUGUCUCUUUUGCAUGUCUUUAUAGUCUUGACGUCUUGAAUUGCUCAAAUGGGGAUAACUGCGCAUUCACAAUGUUAACUCGGUUGUUCACAUGAAAAGUGUAAUUUUGUGAGAAGUGGAAAAAAGAAAGCUUGAGGGAUUAUUUAAAGCACUGCUUACUUUCACACCUGGCCAGUCACUGCAUUAACUGGGCGUAAUUGUUGGUUUCGGAAAGUUACCAGAAUUGUCAGUCGCAGAUUCUGCUGUUGAAAAGGUUUGGGUGCUGGUAUUUUAAGACGUUCGGUCAUCCAACAAGAGCUUAGUUUGAAGCAUCCUGGGGCCUUUUAGUCUUACUUCUUAUGGACUGGAAGGGGUGUGGCUCUGACCACACACCUGCCACAGAAAAAAACUGAGGGAUAGUUGGACUGAACAGACACCAGACUGCUAUUGCAGACAUUAGGUGGAGACUGUGACCUCGCAUGGAACUGAAAUAGUGGGAGUUUUUGGCACAACCUCAAAUCUCUCACACGGAGCAGAUUUACUGCUUUGUUUGGAUGACUUGAUUGACAGACUGGUUUUGCACAUCAGGGGGCGCUGCAGACAGUCCACAGGAUUUCAACUAGAUUUUAAUCAACAUUACCUUAAAGGAACAGUUUGUCAUUUCUGGUAAAUCCUCUUGUUCUCUGUUCUCUCCAGAGUCAGAUUAAAAGAUUGGAAGUACAUCACUUUCAUCUCUGUGUCCCGUACAAAGAAAGGUCCAGGACAUGUUAGCCUAGCUUAGCACAAAGACUGGAAGAAGGGGGAAACUGCUAGCGUAGCUCCAUCGAAAUAGAAAAAAGACCACAUUCCUACAACUUUAAAGCUGUCUGAUUUUAAAUUUUGUUAUUGUUAUUUAGGUAAACCAAAAAUCACUUUUAUACAUUUCCAGUUUUACAUUUGCUCAUUCUGGAGGUGCGGACAAGAUGAUAUCCCAAAAUGUUAGACUGUUGUUUUAAGUAGCGCACACACACGCCGCUGCUUGGCACAAUCUUCCCUCUUUUUAUUCCUUGUACAUUGUAAUUGAUUAGCAGUAUUAUUGACCUGUAUAUUGUUAUUAAUAUUAUAUUAAUAUAAUUGUUGCUUUUGGACAGACGGAUGUUUUCCAUCCUGAAGUAGAUUUUGUACUAAAUAUGAAGCUCCUGAUGAUAUUUCCACUUGAAACCUGAAAUAUCGUAUUUAGUAUUAUUUUUUUUAUAUUUUCUUUUUGUUUUGUUUUAUUAUAUGUUAUGUUUUUUCAUACAUUAUUAUCGACAAAUGGGAAGCCAGCUUAUGUUGGACUGCCCUGACCUUCACCACUGUUUAAGUUACAUGUUGUUGUGUUUUCUGGGGAAUGCCACUGAAUUAAAGUGAAAAUGACAACUCCACAUGUAACACCGAUUCCUGUUUGGAAUAAGCAACAGCGGUUUGGUUCUUCGAAUCAAACCAGGACUCAGCAAAAUUUAACCACAGUCUGUGCACUUUUCUGCUAAUGCAGCAAUUAAACCAGAAAACCACGAGUGUUGGACCAA